CCUGUCCUUAUACUCCUCCGCUGCGGGCCCGUUUGCUGGCCUCAUUCUUCUGGCGAUCUCUUCGCCGUGGGUCAACGCAAAGGGUGCAGCAUGGGCAUGCCUACUGGCCUGCUCCUUGCAGUUGUGGCACGCCGUGGGCAGGGCUCUAUCGGCUAUGCCUGCUCCACCUGUGAUUGCCGGGACAAUGGACCGGUGUCCGCUUGUGACCAAUCACACCGAUCCCGCAGAAGUAGUCGAAGAAUCCAUGACUGAAAGCGUCCCUUACGUCUUCCCGCUAUACCGAUUGUCUUUCUUCUGGAUGGCCUUAUCUGGUGAACUGAUCACGAUUAUUCUGGGCACAGUCUUCAGCCUUCUCACAGGUGGGGCUAGGAAAACGAAAAGCAACUUGCAUCUUACCAGUGUCCCGUUUUUGAACCUAUUGAGACGCUUCGAGUUCUCUCGACGUGUCGUUCAGCUUCACGAAACAAGGACAAAGGAUGUGAGAAAAUCUUCAGCCGGCCAUCGCGAUGACGAAGAAUGCACGGCUCUCACCAGUUUGUUUUCCAGGAACGGAGCAAAGGAAAUGCCCAAGACCGACCCCCUUAAGCAUUCUGAAUGCACAAUACAAGUUGUCUAAGUCAGGCAGAGUUACGUAAUUUCAAACAUAGAUAACUGUCAUUUAGGGCAAGAUGUUGUUUGUGGAAGCGAAGAACACCGUAAUAAGAUUACAAUAGAAGAACA